AUGUGGUAUGAAAGUGCGUACUGGACUUCUGUGUAUCUUAACGGAAACUUGGACGAACAUAUCUUGCAUCUUCUCUUGAACUCCUACUUAACACCGAUCCACUGCAAUGUCAAACACUACCCCAGUGCUCUCCGAAGCUCUCCGCAAGGCCUCGAAAGAGGUUAUGCGUCUAUCCGAAGCGGGCAACACGCCCCUUGAUGAGUUAGCGGAACGGAUUUGCCUUCUACUACGAGUGGCCGCGCUAACAUCUGCAGACCCACCCGGAACUGUGACCCAGAUUCGCGACCAACUGCGACCUUUCAUCCCGCAGAUGUGCAUUCUGGAGGCCAUCGCCGGCCGCGUUCUAUAUAUUCUUAAUGAAUCCUUUUCAGAUUCAAUCGAACAUGACCUUGACGCCCUACUCGAUGAAGUGCGCGAAGCCAAAAAUGAACUCGUCGAACAGACCUCGGCGAUGUUUUCUGGUGGCGAUUCAAUCAUGAUGCUAGGCAAUGACGAAGGGACGGUCUUGGAAGCUGCACUACGAGAUGCCGCUGAAGCACUUUCCGAUGAUCCCAUCGCAAUAGGGAAUCCAAUCCGCGUAGCAAUCGUGCAAGUGGCGCCAGAUCACGAAGGGAAAGCUCGUGCUACAUAUGGCCGGCUAAAGAAUGUGUCUGGGUUGAAAACACGUCUUAUUCGAGAUUCUCAUAUCACUUCUGAACUGCGACGCUGUACCAAGGUGAUACUUCGGGCAAUCGCAAUGGACGUGGAUGACGGUUGUCUAUGUUUUUCGGGAAGCGGGAUCAUUACAGCCGCUGCAAACCGGAUGAGGAUACCGGUGGUACUCGUUAUGGCUCGUCAUCGAAUCGUCCCAGUAGGGAACGCCAGCGUAGCAAUCAUGAGCCAGCAGACUGGAAGCCCAGGAAAGGUGUGGUGCUAUGAGGAAGCCAGAGACGAUCGCAAGCAUGAUGCAAUUUCCGUACAUUCCAGCAUUUAUGAUUUAGUGCCGCUUCAGAAGUGUGAAAUGGUCGUUACUGAGUUCGGUGGCUACUCAGCUGAUUAUGUGAAGACGUUUGCCGCUGCUGUCACCCUUGACAACUCAAACACGAGCUCUCCACGAUAAGCAGAAGGAAUACUGUAGCGAGAGUGUUCGGCUGAGUAUAGUGGAGAAGCUCCUUUUGUUAUCACGUGCUCAGAGAUUAGAGGUCCUACAAGUUUGGUAUGAAGCGUGGAAGAGACAGUAUUUGAAUUUUUCUGAUUGCAGAAUUGAAGGAAAUGGGUUCAUGAGUCACGGGAUGCCAUAUUUAGAGAGUAUAAGAAGGUGGCACAUCUGUGUCGAAAUAGUGUAUUUUACAGGGUGAUGUUAGAUGUUUACGGUUAAUGUUUGCCGGUAACUUUCAAGGCGCGAAGGCAUUCCUUAAAGAAUUGAAAGAUUCUAAGCCUGGUCGGACGAGGCAGGAAUUUUAAACUCAAGUAUCUCCA